CACUCACCUUGAGCUUGGUGUUGAGUAGCCAGGCUUAACCUUCCUGGAAUCCUUAUGAGGCCUAUGCCAUAGUUGUAGUCAAAGUCAUCACUUUAUGGAGAGGAGAGAAAAGGAGAUAUAGGAGGAAGAGAUGAAGGGGUGGGGGUCUCUUUCCUGGGGACAGAGGCACUGCUGGGCAGCUGUUGGGAACAAGGGCUUCACCACGAUUACAUUUCCUCUUCUUUCUAGUUCCUGACCAUUUCUAUGUCCAUCUUACCCUUCUUUAUUUCACAUUCACACUAGAGUGCCUAUGUAGUACUGCAUGGCAGAUACAGGCCCUUUCUGCCAAUUUUGCUUAUAUCCCGAGACCAGCACACUGGACUUCCUUUGAUUCAAACAUGAGACCUGAAAGGAGAAGCAAUGAAGAAAGAAGGGGAUAUGCUAUCCAGCAAACCUCGGCAUGAGCGUCUCGGACACCCCACAUUAUCCCCCUGAGCUGGAGAGUGUCUCUCAUCCCGUCCAGAAGGACUGCCUUGGACUCCCUGUGCACGCCCAGAGAACCCCUUCCUGGCCUCCCUCCCCCGACGAGGAUCCCAGAUUGCCUUCCUUUCCUCUGGAAGAGCCUGGCUCCAGGCCCCUGGUCCCAAGGAACCUUCCGUUUCCAGCCUUGUCCCUAGAGGAAGAAGAGGAAGAGGAAGAAGAUGAAGAUGCGGCAGAGCCCGAGUGGCUGCGCAGCGAGGAGCAUCCGAGCCAGUUUUUCGCCGAGGCCCAGCGGCUGCGGGAGCAGAGAUUGUUGCUGGACGAAGAGGUGUCAGUCGCGGGGCGGGUAUACGGGGUGCAUCGGGUGAUCCUGGCCGCAAUCAGCAGCCUCUUCCGAGACAGGCUGCUGGGCGGCGGAGGUCCGCGGCCCCCCUUCAGCCUCGAGGUGUCCCCAGGGGGCUGGGAGGCCGUGCUGACCUUUGCCUAUGAGGGGGUGCUGGGCCCCGCCCCGCAGGGGGAUGUGCUGGCUGCAGCCGAGGCGCUGGGAGCGCCCCGGGUGAAGGCUGCUGCCCAGCGGACAUGCGAGAGGGCUGGAAAUGCUGGGGAAGAUGUAAAGAAGCCCAGCCAGGCAGAGGAGCUGAGGGAGAACCUGCGCGGAAUCGAGCUCCUCUACCGAGAGGGCGUCGGGUGUGACUUGAAGCUGGAGGCAGGCGGCUGCCAGCUGCGGGUGCACCGAGCUGCCCUGGCCUGCGGCAGUGAGUUCUUUGGGGCCAUGCUCCUGAGUGGGAUGAGGGAAUCCCAGGGCACAGAGGUAUCUCUGCGGACGAUCUCCACCCAGGACCUGCGACUCCUCGUCUCUUUUGCUUACUCCGGAGUUGUGCGGGCAAGGUGGCCAGGGCUACUGAGAGCUGCCCAGGCUGCUCUGCAGUACCAGAGCUCUUCCUGCUUGGAUUUGUGUCAGAAAGGCUUGGCACGGGGCCUCAGCCCUGCCCGUUGCCUGGCCCUUUUCCCCAUGGCUGAAGCCCCUGGGUUGGAGAGGCUCUGGAGCAAAGCCCGUCACUACCUCCUCACCCACCUGCCUGCUGUAGCCUUGUGUCCUGCUUUCCCUUCUUUACCAGCUGCCUGCUUGGCUGAGCUCCUGGAUAGUGAUGAGCUCCAUGUGCAGGAGGAGUUUGAGGCCUUUGUGGCUGCACGGUGUUGGCUAGCUGCCAACCCCGAGACCCAGGAGUCAGAGGCCAAGGCCCUGUUGCGAUGUGUCCGCUUUGGCCGCAUGUCCACCAGGGAGUUGCGGAGGGUGCGGGCAGCUGGGCUGCUUCCACCCCUGACCCCGGAUCUGUUGCACCAGCUGAUGGUAGAGGCUGAUGUUCCAGGCCAAGAGAGACGGAGGGAGCCUGACCGGGCACUGGUAGUGAUUGGCGGGGAUGGGCUCAGACCAGACAUGGCCCUAAGACAACCAUCCCGAGCAGUGUGGUGGGCCCGGGCCUUCCGCUGUGGCGUGGGACUGGUACGAACUGUUGAGUGGGGGCAGCUGCCUGCCCUGCCUGCCCCCGGACGCUUCCGGCAUGGGGCUGCGAGCCUGGCAGGAAGUGAUCUCUAUGUGUGUGGGGGACAAGAUUUCUACAGUCACUCCAGCACCCUGGCUUCAACUCUCAGGUGGGAGCCCAGUCAAGAUGACUGGGAGGAGAUGGCUCCUUUGUCCCAGGCUCGAAGCCUUUUCCCCUUGGUGGCACUGGAUGGAAAACUUUAUGCCCUGGGUGGAAGACACAAUGAUGUUGCCCUGGACUCUGUGGAGACCUACAACCCUGAGCUCGAUGUCUGGAGGCCAGCACCUGCACUUCCAGCACCAUGUUUUGCCCAUGCAGCUGCGAUUUUGGAAGGCCGAUUGUACGUGAGCGGUGGCUGUGGUGGGACUGGCCAAUACCUGGCCUCAUUGAUGCACUAUGACCCCAAACUUGAGAAGCCGGGGACAUUUCUGAGUCCUAUGGGGGUACCUCGGGCUGGCCAUGUCAUGGCUGCAUUGGGUGGGCGGUUGUAUGUGGCAGGUGGGCUGGGUGAGACUGGGGACCUGCUAAGCUUUGAGGCCUAUGAACUAAGGACUGAUAGCUGGACUCACCUGGCACCCCUACCCUCCCCCCAUGUGGGGGCUGCAAGUGCUGUGCUGCAGGGGGAGCUACUGGUGCUGGGGGGCUACAGUCACCGUACUUAUGCACUCUCCCACCUUAUCCAUGCCUACUGUCCUGGCCUGGGCCGAUGGCUCUGCCUGGGAACUCUGCCAAGGCCUCGGGCUGAGAUGCCUGCCUGCAUCCUGACACUGCCCACUGUGCAGCACAUAGCUUUGGUUCCCACCCCACACCAAACCAAACCUGCUGGGUGAAGAGGGAGCAACAGCAUAUGGGGAGAGGAAGGCGUAAGAAAUAGCCUGAGAGAAGGACAGAGAUUGUGGGGAGAGAAAAGAGAAGGCUUUAUUCUUGGUAGUAUUUGAUUCUCACACUGUGCAUUGUAAACUGCUUUUGUACAUAUGAUCUCCAUUGAGGAAAUGGUGGUUCCAGAACUCCUGGGGAAAACAUAUAGGGAAAGGGGAGGCAGCUGAAUACCCAGGUAAGGAGAGGAGACUCGGGAGCAACUCCACAAGGCUUAGGGAUUCUUAGGGAAAGUGCAUCUGGUUUGAAAGAGAGUUAAGAAGCUUCAGUAGCCAAAGUGUAGAGACCACGGGAGGACAGUUGGAAAAAUGGUUCUGACCCACGGAUCAUGGAAAAAAUGUGGAAUGGCCAUCCAUGAAAGAGUUUGAGGAGUGUAGGAGGAAGGACUGUAAAUCGUUCAGCCCUUUUUUUCCCCGGAACUUGCUCCUUUCUCCUCUCCCAUCCCUGGGAUGCCUAAACCUUCUUAACAAUAUUCUUUCUCAGGUAAUUUUGUAGGCCUGGUCUAGCGUUUCCCAGCUGAGACACCACAGGCUGCCCCUGAGAACCUCUUGGUUUCCUUCUGAGGCAGAAGCUCCCACAUGGACAUGCACAGGGGCCUGAGAGGCCUGACGGGCCCCCCGGAGCCAUGCGGCAGGAGUGUUGUGUGGGGAUGAUGGGGACAGAGGCCAAGGAGGGAGACGCCCACAGUGGAAAAACAAAUGAUCUGAGGUUUAAGGACAUGGGGUGGAAGAAGUCAGAAGCCUGUCUGGCUUCUUUCUUUUGGGCAAACUGAGGAAUCAGGAGUGAGAAUGAGACCGUUGUUGCCUGAGGUCUCAAGUGGUGAGAGGAUGUGGCGGAGAGAAGAGUGAGAAGCAGACAAGACUCAGAAAAGUCAUUUCCCCCUUUCGGUCCCUUUCCCCCAGAGUUAUUUUUAAAUCCAUUUCCCUUUAUCUUGGCCAGGGAAAGUAGUCAGGUGCUUCCUCUUUCUCUCUUCCUCCAUCCUGCUCUCCCCACUGCCUCUCUUUUUUAUUUUUCUUCCUCUUCUUUCUCCCUCACACAGUUAUUAAUUACCUACUUUGUGGCAGGCACUGUAGGAGGCACCAAGGAUACAGAGGUCAGAGAGCUCCUGACCGGCAGAUAGACGUAAACAAAUACAAGUUUUGAGUGGACUUAGAUGUAUGGACAAGUCUUAGAUGUAUGGACAAGUCUUGUGAGAGCCCAGAGGACAGAGCAGUGAACUCUGCCCAGGAAGGCUUCUGUUAGGGAAGAUGUCAUCCGAUGGGUGUAUUUUGACCUGGAUCUUAAAGGCUGCCUAGAGUCUCACCCAUUAGAGAAGGGGGAAUGCAUUUGAAACAGAAAGAAGUGGGGCAUGCCAUGCCCUGUUUCUCCAUAGCAAAGAGGAAGUGGGUAUUCCAGAGGCUUUUUAGAUAAUUCUGCGGCUCUUGCCACCUACUCUCUUCUCUGGAACCUUCCUGAGGAUAAUGGCUUUCACUUAAUGAUUGUGUAUUCCUGCCCUCUACAACUCACCUGUAUCCUUCCUGUCUGCUCUUUCCAUUUCUGCCUACUGGACAGCUGAGAGCAAAAAAGGGUCAGUUUUUUUUUGUGUGUGUAGGUCAAUUUUCUUUUUCUUUUUCUUUUUUUUUUUUUUUUUGAGACAGAGUUUCACUCUGUUGCCCAGGCUGGAGUGCAAUGGUGCGAUCUCAGCUCACUGCAACCUCUUCCUCCCGAGUUCAAGUGAUUCUCCUGCCUCAGCCUCCCUGAGUAGCUGGGAUUACAGCUAUUACAUCUGGCUAAUUUUGUAUUUUUAGUAGAGAC